CUCUGCGAGUUUGCUGUGGGUUUCGUGCAAGAUUGCCAAGAUACAUACGAGGCGAUGGCUAGCUCUACUGUCAGACAGAGAUCAGUGGGAGAGGAGCUAAAAGAUAAAAGAAAAGAGCAGCGUCACUUAAAGAAGAUCAAGGACGAUGCUGAAACAAAGCGAAAAAGAAAAAUAAUAUUGUGGAUAGUAGCACUCACAGUUCUCCUCUCCCUCUCUGUCUAUUAUUAUAAUUAUAAACCCUCCAAAGGAAGGCAGCAGAUGCAUUCUCCCAUCCCCCAACAGGCUCCAUCAUCCGGUAUCAAUGACGCAAAAUCAAGCAAUCAGUCUACUACAAAGAGUGAACCAUCCUCAAAGAAGUCUCCAUCAACGAAAGAACAAUCGUCUAAAUCGAAGUCUAAAAAGAAUAAAAGUUCGUCCGAAAAAGUUUCGUCCAAGAAAGAGAAAGCCUCACCCAAAAAAGAGAAGGCCUCACCUACAAAAUCUCAGAAAUCAGGCCCAGCUUCGAAAAGCAGGGAAGAGCUGUUAAAGACGAAAAUCAGCGACUUACCAAUCCUCCGUCGCCCCGUCCCCCCCAGCGACCCCGACCGACCACUUAUAAUGGAAAUACUCGAGGCAGACGACUAUUUAAAGGGAGGAUACUACUCUGAGGCUCUCGAUAAAUUUAAAAAGGUUCUAAAACGUUUUAAGCAGAGUCCCCGAGGUCUCUUAGGCAAGGCUCUUGCUUUAGAAGGACUGGGAAAGACCAAAGGAAGCAUCAAGUAUUUGGAUAAAGCUAUCGACAUUUACUAUCAAAUAUCAUUCGAGGCGAGCUCGUUGGCAAAUGAUGAUAUAAAAUUAGCAGCGCUAAUGGGACUAGCUGAUUGUGCUGAGAGACGAGAGAAGACGACCAUGUUGAUUAAAGCGCUGAAAAAAGCAGUUGUAAUGGAACCAAUGCACGAGGUAUACGCCACUAAACUAGCCCAAGCAUACAUGAAAGGAGGACAGAUGGAGGAGGCUGAGAAACUCCUUGAGGACGUCAUUAAUAAAUGGCCAGGGAACUCUCUCGCCCACGCUAAUCUUGGAUACCUUCAUUAUAAAGGUGGGCGGUUUGAUAAAGCAAUGCCUCAUCUUGUGAAAGGGCUGUCUGAAAAUAGAGAGAUACAAAAGAAUCCAAAGUUUUAUUUAUACACCGGAGAGACUCUCUCAAGAUUGGACAAGACUGAAGAGGCUGGUUUAGUAUAUGCUGAAGGUGUUGCCAGAGGUUUCUUUCCAUCAGUUGAUCAGAGAUCACUGUACAAUGAGCCUGACCUUGAAGCCAGACCAUGGUGGAAAGUGAACGAAGUGGGAGAGCAAGUCCUAGUUGAAUUAGAAAAGAUGGCACCUGUCCUGAAAAGUGAGUUAAUGUCUGCUAUAGAGACUAAUGCUGAUAUGUUCUCUGAUGCUAAUCAGACACAGAUUAUCCUCAUAUCAAAAGGAAAGUGGAACAAGAGACCCUGUACAGUCCUACCCACUCUCUGCCAGCUGCUCCAUAAAAUGCCUUCAGCUACUAAAUGCAGGAGAGGAGAGGUAAGCUUCUAACAUGACUAUAUUAGUAA